AUGAAGGAAGCAUUUUGGUAGUGCGGUACCGGCCGAGCUCCCCUUUUCCUCGCCCCAUUUGUUCUUGCGCCUGCUACACGAAAAGUUUGGCCGGAGAGGGUUUUCCUUUCCCCAAGAGCAAGAGCCGGGAUGCAGGGCGCCGGCGCCGCCGAGGGGAGGAGCAGGGGCUCGCCGUGGGCGAUGGACAAGCCCGACGAGAGCGCCAAGAAGGCGCGGCUGGACCUGCCCGACGGCCACCUCGUGAAGCAAGAGCUCGUCGCGCACGACGCGGCGGCCGGAGGAGGCGCCGUCGUCGCGGUGGCGGAGCACAGCCCGAGGGCGGAGCUCGCCGUGAAGAUCGACAUGUGCGUGCUCCACUGCCCGCUCUGCGCCCUCCCCUUCAAGCCCCCCGUCUUCCAGUGCAAGGGCGGCCACCUGGCCUGCGGCGGGUGCGUGGCCCAGCAGCCCUCCGGGCAGUGCGGGGCGUGCGCGGACGGCUGCGGCUUCUUCGACCCCUGCCCGGCGCUGGACGCCGUCGUCUCCUCCACCAGGGUCCAGUGCCCCAACGCCGGCUGCCACAGGUACGUCACCUACCACCAGGCCGACGAGCACCGGAGCGCGUGCGCGCACGCGCCCUGCCGCUGCACGGAGCACGGCUGCGGCUUCGUCGGCGCGGCGCCGGACCUCGCCGCCCACCUCAGCGCCGCCCACUCCGUGCCGGUGCGCCCCAUCCACUACGGCAAGGUGAGCCGGUUCCAGGUGCCCGUGUCCACGCCGCGGCUGCUGCUCGUCGGCGACGACGACGGCCGCGUGUUCCUGCUCACCGUGGGCGCGCUCGGCGCCGCGGCCACCGCCGUGUCCGUGGUCUGCGCCAGGGGGAGCGCGGCCACCAAGCCGCGGUUCACGUGCAAGAUGUGGGUCAACCUGACGGCCUCGGCGGCCGCGAACGGCGGCAAGGCGGACAUCGUGCUGGUGGAGAUGCAGAUGAGGAGCAGCACCUCGCCCAGCGCCGUGGUGGCCGCCGGCGAGCCGACGUUCCUCGCCGUGCCGCCGGUGUACCUGGUCCCCGGAGCGGACGGGGGCGAUGCCAUGGAGGUGCCACUCAACGUGCGCAUCGACAAGGCUCUGCCUUGGUCCGACUGAUUGAUUGAUUGAUUGAGGUCCACCGAUCGAGAUGCAACUGAAACUAUCUGGAGUAUGAUUGAAGACACUUGCACUGCAUGCUACUGGUCCUGUUGAGAAAUGCCAUAACCAUGGAUGCCAACUCAUAAUUCUCCGAGCUUAUCAAAUUGAUGUGAGAAAAGGACCCAUUUUUAUUGUUGUUUUUGUGUGCACCCUUGGAAAUUCGCAUGCUAUUGAACACAUCAUUUUCAUUUUCCUUUUCCUUUCGGGGUAUCAUAUACAUAUAUACAUUUCUCUACCUACCUACCGCACGAUCGAUCUUUGUACAGCUCAAACUAAUGUCAAGAA